CCUUGUGAUUUCCUGCUGGAUCCUCUCGAGGGUAGCCUAGCUGGGAAUGCUGCCUGGACUAAAAUCCAGAGCUGCUGCCUGAAGCCCGCUGAAGAAGGCACUGAAGCUCUUGCGCCCCUUCUGGGGGAGGUGAGGGAGUGACCCUUGCCUUCUCCACCCUUGCUGGGGGUGCGAACUGGAAGAAGGUCCACAAGGUGGAAUCUGGGUGUCAGAAAAGUUCAUCCCUCAAGAGAAAACAAGGAGUUCUUUAGAUCUUGUUGGAGGCUGUCCUGGAGCACAGAUUAAAGAUGGGAAAGAAAGAUUCUGCUGGCCUGGAUGCAGGAAACGGCCCUGAUGACACCAAGGCUGAGAGCAGCGGGAGAUUCUGGGAAAGGAGCAUGCAGAAGAUCCUGAGUGGAGAUAACCUGAAUUCAGAUAUUCAGUGCCAGCGCUUCAGACAGUUCUGCUACCAGGAUGCCAAGUGGCCUCGAGAGAUUUGCCACCAGCUGCACAACCUUUGCCGUCAGUGGCUGAUGCCAGAAAGACACAUGAAAAAUCAAAUCCUUGACCUGGUUGUCCUGGAGCAAUUCCUGACCAUGCUACCCCCUGAGAUGGAGAGAUGGAUCAGAGAAUGUGGAGCGGAGACCAGUUACCAGGCAUUGGCCCUGGCAGAAGGUUUCCUCCUGAGCCAGGCAGAGGAGAAGAAGCAGCAUGAAGAGCAACAGAUUCCAGGACUGUUGUCAGAAGCAGCUCCUAGUUUCUUGGAGGCAGAGAGGGCUCCAUUGGAUGCCAAGCAGAUGCUGCUUUCCAGGUGGACCUCGCAGGAUGUUGGCGGAGCUGCCACCUCGCUGGGUGCUGGAAUGGCUCUGCCGAUGGAUCCUUGGACAUCUCUUCUUGGUGGUAGAGUGGAAGAGGCUUCAGUGCAACCAGACCAACAGUGGGCAGUUGUGAGAGUGAGGAAAAAUCCCAAAGAGGAUUGUUGGGAGGUGCUGGAAGAACACAGAGGGAACAGCAAAUAAUAGGAGCUGAAGUCAAACAGAAGAAGAGGAAUGGAUCCCCUG